UAUAUUCGCGCUACAUAUGUAAUAGCUAGUUUUAAACAUAAAUAAUAAAAUUUCAACGAUUGUCAGAUAAAUUGUAUUCGAAAACUUUUAAUAGAAAUCAAAAAUUACAUAUCUGUUUGAAGAGUAUGUAAAGUGUACUAGUUUAAAGCCAAUGCAACCCUACUGCGGGUUGAGCGUUUUUUUUUUUUGUUGGUUUGUUUGGUUAGUGUAUGUGCGGUUUGCGUUUCCGACUGUGGUUGAUGGUUUCGUGCGGGUGUAUGUGUUUGCUUGUGGUGGCGCUGCGACUCGUUACCUACAACAAUCUGCUCGCUACUCGUCGGUUCCCACCACACGCAUAACACCGUCGCGGGCGCCUUGACUGGCUGUGGCUGUGCUACAUAGUGGUUACGUGUAUGUCGCCUUGUGUGCAUAAUUCUACGUAUCGAAAAGACAUGUAAAAGAAAAUACGGAAAAAACCAACGAGCGAGCGAGCAAAAGUAGAAAAAGUCCCAUGGAACGUAACUAAAUAAAUUUUAUUAUAAACUCGCGCUAAAAUACUUAAAAAAUCUCAAUGAAAAAACUGAGCAAAUAAAGUUUUCUCAGUAAGGAAGCGCAAGCACCCCAUAGUGCAAGAAAGUGUGCAAGACAAGACGGCAAAAGGAAAGAAGGAAGGCGCAGGGUGCUUCAGGGCUAGAAAGCGUAAAGAAGCCUAUAAGUCCAACUUGCUGGACGAACGAUUAUAUUAUAUAGGUUCCAACACUUGUGAUUCAAUUACUGUCGGAAUAAACAAUUUUAUAUGAAAUUAAAUGGUUAAAUCGGUGAAAAAGUGGCGGAGUCUCCGAUUCAAACCAUAGUUAAUCAACAGUGGUAGUGGUGUAAGGUGUGUGCAUCCGGCUUUAAAGUUUAUUCAAUAUACUAAACGGAGUAAAGUCAUACAUUAGCUAGAAACCGACAAGUGAUUAGCAGCCGUUCAACAUAAUAAUAAUUUAACAAUAUAUUAUAAGUCUGCAUUUCGAAGUUUUUGGUAAGCGGGAAAUCUGUUCUCUACCGCAAAAGCCACAACUGUAGAGCAAAAGUAACAGCAGCAGUUGUGUGGUGUAGUGCGCAAAAUGUAUCCUGCACCGGUGCGUCAUCCCUCGGCGGGGGGACCACCACCUCAGGGUCCACUAAAAUUUACAAUCGUUGACACACUAGAACGAAUUAAGGAGGAGUUCAACUUUCUGCAGGCACAAUAUCAUACAUUAAAACUGGAGUGCGAAAAACUUGCCAAUGAAAAAACAGAAAUGCAGCGUCAUUAUGUUAUGUACUACGAAAUGUCAUAUGGUCUUAAUGUUGAAAUGCACAAACAGACGGAAAUCGCCAAACGUUUAAAUACCUUGAUAAAUCAGCUGCUACCAUUUCUACAAGCCGAUCAUCAGCAGCAGGUCUUAAAUGCAGUGGAGCGCGCGAAACAAGUUACGAUGCAGGAAUUAAAUCUGAUCAUCGGGCAUCAGCAUCAGGGAAUUCAACAACUUCUACAGCAAAUACACGCACAGCAAGUGCCCGGUGGACCACCGCAGCCAAUGGCCGGUUUAGCGCCACUAGCUGGCCCAUUUGGCGCACUGGGCGCGUCAAUGGGUCUACCACAUGCACCACAGGGCCUGCUUAAGGCACCAACAGAUCAUCAUCGACCCGAUAUCAAACCAACAGGUCUCGAUGGGCCGGCCGGCGCUGAAGAGCGUCUACGGAAUUCAGUGUCCCCAGCUGAUCGUGAGAAAUAUCGCACACGUUCACCAUUGGAUAUUGAAAAUGAUUCGAAGCGUCGAAAAGACGAGAAACUACAAGACGAUGAAGGAGAGAAAAGCGAUCAAGAUUUAGUCGUAGAUGUUGCAAAUGAAAUGGAAUCCCACUCGCCACGUCCGAACGGCGAACACAUGUCGAUGGAAGCGCGUGAUCGUGAAAGUCUGAACGGUGAACGUCUUGAUAAACCGGGCAGCAGCGGUGUCAAACCGCCUAAUGAACGACCUCCAUCACGUUCCGGCUCCAGCUCGUCGCGCUCAACUCCCAGCCUAAAAACUAAAGAUAUGGACAAGCCAGGCACACCGGGCGCCAAGGCACGCACUCCCACCCCAAAUGCUGCCGCACCAGCUCCAGGCGUAAAUCCUAAACAGCUGAUGCCACAAGGCGGUCCGCCGCCUGCCGGUUAUCCAGCCUCAGCGUAUCAGCGACCUGCUGACCCCUAUCAGAGGCCACCAUCCGAUCCGGCAUAUGGACGACCGCCACCACUACCUUACGAUCCGCAUGCGCACGUACGAACAAAUGGCAUUCCACAUCCUCAAGCGUUAACUGGUGGAAAGCCCGCAUAUUCGUUCCACAUGAACGGCGAAGGCAGCUUACAACCGGUGCCGUUCCCAUCCGACGCACUGGUUGGUGUUGGCAUACCACGACACGCCCGACAAAUAAAUACCCUAUCACACGGCGAGGUAGUGUGCGCUGUUACUAUUUCGAAUCCCACGAAGUAUGUGUACACAGGUGGCAAGGGUUGCGUUAAAGUUUGGGACAUCUCACAGCCGAAUAAUAAAAAUCCAGUCAGCCAAUUGGACUGUCUGCAACGUGACAACUACAUACGCUCCGUGAAAUUACUGCCUGACGGUCGUACGUUGAUUGUGGGCGGUGAGGCGUCAAAUCUCUCCAUAUGGGAUUUGGCCAGUCCGACGCCACGCAUUAAAGCCGAAUUGACAUCCGCAGCGCCGGCUUGUUAUGCGCUCGCUAUUAGUCCUGAUUCAAAGGUGUGCUUCUCGUGUUGUAGCGAUGGAAAUAUCGCGGUGUGGGAUUUGCACAAUGAGAUAUUGGUGCGCCAAUUCCAAGGACACACUGACGGCGCCUCAUGCAUCGACAUCAGUCCGGAUGGUUCACGAUUGUGGACCGGUGGUCUUGACAAUACGGUACGUUCGUGGGAUUUACGCGAAGGCCGCCAAUUGCAACAGCAUGAUUUCAGUUCUCAAAUAUUCUCCCUGGGCUAUUGUCCGACAGGCGAAUGGCUCGCUGUGGGUAUGGAGAACUCACAUGUCGAAGUAUUGCACGCAUCCAAGCCAGACAAAUAUCAACUGCAUCUACACGAAAGCUGUGUACUCUCGUUACGUUUCGCCACCUGUGGCAAAUGGUUCGUCUCCACUGGCAAGGAUAAUCUUUUGAAUGCCUGGCGAACACCAUACGGUGCAAGCAUAUUCCAGUCGAAAGAAACUUCAUCCGUACUUAGCUGCGACAUAUCAACCGAUGACAAAUACAUUGUGACGGGCUCCGGCGACAAAAAAGCAACGGUUUACGAAGUUAUUUACUAAUAAGUUCUAAUUUGUUUAAUUUUGCUAUAAACCUAUAAGAAGAAAUACUAAGUUUUCUUAUGUGCAAAACAAUUAUAUUACCACACAGCAGCGAUCAUACAUACCCACACAUACACAUAUACAAUGGCGAGGAAAAAUGGCAAAUAAUAAGCGAAAAUGUGUAAAAUGUAUGAGCGCGCAAACGCGAAUGUCGUGCCGACAGGGCAAUGAAAAAUGAAUAGUUCGCUUUGUAGUAGUGGCUUUUGAUAGGACUCACGAAAAGCUAAGCAAAACAAAACAAAAAACACAACACAAGAAAUUAAGAAAAAUGCAGAAACAAGAGUGUGCAGAUAGUUUGGGUUAGGAGGGACAAUGAAUAUUCUUAUAAGCGGACGUACAUGGAAAAUCAUGUUUAAUGAGAAAAGUAACCAGAAACACGAAAAAGGUAAAGAAGAAACGAUAAAUAAGAAUUAAAAUUGAAAAUAUAUAAUUAUAAAUAAUAACAUAAACAAAUUGUAGGUUUUAAGUAAUUUUAAGUAAAGUUAAAGAGACAAGAAGAAGAACACAAAACAAAAAAUUAAUUAAAAACUAAGAAAACGAGCAGCAGGAGUGCAAGAAUGCAAGAACUUAUUAAAAUAUUAUAAAACCUAAAAAACACAAAAAAAAUCUAUACAACAAAAACAUCGUAACUUAAGCAAACGAAAAAUAAAUAUAUAACUGCAAAACAUGUGCGGCACAGUAAAGCAGUAAAAAGAAAACGUUUGCUUAUUAAUUGACAAAAAGUGUGCUGGACUACUCGAACGUGUGAACCAUGUGGAUGGGGUAAACAGAAUUUGUUUGUUUUCUGGCUUGUUGACAACUGAUAUAGCUCGUAAACUAUUAACAGUACGCAUGCAUGCCACUUCCAAGGUUAAUAAUAUGUAUGUACGCUCCAAUAACUCGAAAAACGCUGCUGCAUGGAAAGGGCGAAAAAAUCCAAUAACAAACAAUUUUUUCUUAGCUUAUAUUUUACUGCAUUAUAUAUUUAUACAAGUGACUAAAGAAAUGUAGUAAACAGAAAAAUUUGUAAAAACAAAAACGAAAAAUUACAAUUAAAACUUGUAUGUUCAGGGAUUUUAUUGAACUGUUAACGAACAUUUAUUACGCAACUUCCGCGUAAAUGCUUAGGGGGAGCAUAAGUUGUCGCCUGUCAUUUCUUAUAUGGCCCGGCUGGUCUUGGCUUGCAAAAAGUGUGCAUGCGUCGCGCCGCUUGUGUCAGCAGUUGCGCUGCGUCGAGUCGCCUUAUCCCUAGACCAAACAAGCAUUCAUCGCCACAUUUCUUUUCUUCUUUUCGUAAUUUCUACGCGUUUAAUUUAGUAACUAAUUUCUAAGCAUACCUGUGUAUGUAUUGUUUCUUCCGCCGAAACUACCGCUUUCUUUGGCUACUUUGCGUAAUAGCUUCCUCACGCCUCACGCUUUCUGUUGUUGGUUAUAUACGAGUUUUCUUCUUGCUCUUAUUUUUCAUUUUUUUUGCAACAUUUUACUUGUAUAUUUUUAAAUAAAAAAAUCAAAUGUCAUUUCUUCAUGUAUGUAUGUAAACGCUUAAAUACCUAGUGUUAAUGAUCUAUUAUUAUUUUAUUUUAUUUUAUUUUUGUCCAUUUUAAGCGCAUUGAUAUUUUAUUUUAUUUUUUAAUAAUAAUUGUCUUACAUAUAUAUAAAGUUAUAUAUAUAUUUCUGUGUAGUUUAAGUGCGUACGAUAAUUCUGUAUGGAAAAAUGAAUAAAAGAAAAACUUUAAAUUUAAAUUAAUUAAAUUAUAGUAAAGGAACGUCAUUAUAAAAUGGAAAAGUAAAUAACACUUAAGUAUAUACAUGCGUUUAAUGCGCGCUUUUGCAGAGCAUUAAUCCAAAACAACAACAAAGAAGUGAAAACAACGACAAACGAAUCAACAAAGCGAAGAUGCUUCAUUAGAAAGCAUAAAUUUAGUGCUUUCAAGUCAAUAAUUGCCACAGUGUUGCUCUACUAUAACUAUAGAAGCAUGUCGUUGCUGCACAAAAUAUUGUAAAUUUCACUCAAACCACAAGACUUGGCAGUAUAAUUAGCUUUUCGACGUGAUCAGCGCGCAGCUGUGUGCCAAUUAUCGCAAGUCUAACCCAACGAGCUCAAGCAUUACUUCGGCUGCAUACCCGCCUCGUCCCCACAGUUAUGGUUGCUUGACUUUCUACCUUUGUUUUUUUUUUUUUGUUUUUUACUACCAUUCACUCUUUAUACAUAAAAUCCCUUGUUUUUUUUUCCCCCACACAGUCCAUACGGUUUUUUUUUUUAUCUCUUUUGUAGACUUCCUGAACUUUGCUAUUUCUCAAUCACUUUUAAAAACUUGCAUAUACAAUGGUAACAAUGAAGUAUACAUAUACACACACGCCCACGCGCAUACACAUGGAAAUAUAAAAGUAAAUAUAUGUAUAUAUAUGCAUAUAUAUAUAAAUAUAAAUACUUAUAUAUAGUAAUUAAAUUUAAAUUCAAACAAAACAUGCAUUAUGUAAUUAAGUAACGAAAAUAAAUUUGGAAUGAAAAUGAAAUGAAAUGAUAAAAGAAAAUGAACAUGUAAAGCAGCGAGUGCGAAGCGUAAAUUUAAUUGAAUAUACAAUAAAUAAAAAGUAUAUAAAUAACUGAAAAAAGUCACAUAAUAACCGUUAUAUUCAUAUUUUAGUUGUUAGUAGGUGCAAAGGGUUUCAAAAGAUCUAGACCAAGUCGUGUUAGAAAGGCAAUUUGACAUCGCAGAUAACGGCUAUGGUUACUCUAAAACUCGAGUUUUAAGUGGCAUACAUAUGUUUGUCACAAUUGCCAAUUUUUUUUUUUAUAAAUUUUUGAAGAAAACAUUUAAAACUUCACGCUUUUUACUGGUUUGGAUUCAGAAGAUAUUAAAUACGCCUAAAACUGUGCUAAUUCAUAAAUAAUUUUAAAAAUUUCUUGUUUCGACUGUUUCACUCAAUUGUUUAACAACGAAGAGGGAAUUAGUGAAAACACUUGACGUCAAAACAUGCCGUAUUUGUUGUUGGGAUAACAGUUUUAGUGUAAAGAAUCAGUGAAUCCACAAUUGUAAACUUCGUGGUGGUUGACAUUUGAAAAAAGAUCAACAUGCUUAAAAUUUUCAUAUGGCCAAAUUGUGUCAUUAAAUGUUUCUAAAACUGUUUGCCGUAUCUAUAUUUUUGCCGAAACAACAACGAAUUAACUCAGUUCUCUAAAGGAAACUUAAAAUUUUUAGUUGAAGCUCAAUUCACUUUUGCUGGGUUAUUUUUUUUUUUGCAAAUUCUGAGUCACAUUUUCAAUAAUCGUAUUCCCUGCAAACGCUAUAUGCAGUUAUGGCUUUUUAAAAGGUAUUUUUCGAGUAAUUUUUCUUUUAUGUAUGUAAAUAAUAAAAUUCAUUUCAUUGCCACUUAAAUUAUUAGGAAGCAAAUGUUAAAGUACAUUUUUACCAGUUAUUUUGGAAAACAUAUAUAAAAAUAUAUAAUAAUUUGAAAAGAAAAAAAUGUAAAUAGUAAACCAUUAUUUUUGCACAUUGUGGUGAAUUAACCGUUAUCAAUUUUAGUUUUUUGAGUUUUAUUUAACCUUAAGCUUCGCUGCAACAGCUACUUAAACCCACAAUCCCACACCUGUAGAGGCACCCGUGUAUGUGCGCAUGCGCAUAAGAACGCACUCACACAACGAUAAAGUCGAAAAAUGCAAAGUGACGAAA